AUGCCACGCUCUUACCUUGUAAAGAAGUUCUCCAGCCGCCGCCAGAAGCCUAACUACAGCGAGCUGCAAGACUCUUCUCUAGAGUUUACCUUCCAGCAGCCCUACAACCAGGCCCACCUGCUGGCAGCCAUCCCACCUCCAGAAGUCCUCCACCCCACGGCCUCACUGCCCACGCUCAUCUGGGAUGCCUUCCUGGAGCUCCAAGCUCAGACGAUCGGCUCAGCCUCCCUUCCGCCCCAAGAGAGUUCCAAGGCGCUGGCCCUGACCUCUCCGUCAGAUGAGGGCAGCGGGAAAGGCUCCCAGCCCCCCAAACCCUCCUCGCCGGCCUCUUCGUCCUUCUCCUCCACCACGGCCUCUUCCCUGGAGGCUGAGGCCUAUGCUGCCUUCCCAGGCGUGGUCCGAGGGCCCAAGCAGCUGGCCCAACUCUCCCAGGCCAAGGGCCCCCAGUCUCAAAAGACCUUCAACUGCAAAUACUGCGACAAGGAAUACCUCAGCCAAGGUGCUCUCAAUAGGCACAUCCGAAUCCACACACUGCCCUGUGUCUGUGGAACCUGUGGGAAGGCCUUCUCCAGGACCUGGCUGCUGCGGGGCCACAUGCGGACCCACACCGGUGAGAAGCCCUUCUCCUGCCCCCAUUGCGGCCAUGCCUUUUCUGACCGCUCCAACCUGCGGGCCCACCUCCAGACCCACCUGAACGUCAAGAAGUACCCAUGCCGGAUCUGCUUCCGGACCUUCUCCCGCAUGUUCUUGCUCCACAACCACCUAGAGUCGGGCUGCCCAGGAGAUCUCUGCUGA